GGCACAAGUCAAACACAAGGGCGGAGUUUAAUAACAUUUCGAUACUUCACUACAGACUGCCGCACGUCAAAAGAAAACAAAUAACAUGGAAACCGUUUAAUGUACACAGUUGUCUUUCAAUUCACAGAUAGACAGCGGGUUUAUUGUCCUUCUCGAUACUCUUUUGACACAUUUUUUUUUCCUUUGGGAAGUGGACGGUGUGCGCCUGUGCGUCCUCCACUAGGUCAUUCUUAUAAUGGACAGAGAACUUUCUGAAGUCGAUGACAGCUGUGACCAUCACUCCACUGCUGAACAGGGCAUGGAAAAAGCUCAACAGUUCUUGGAGUCUACGGAGAAACCUGACGUUAAACAGUCGAAAUCCAUGCAGGAUAUGGGUUCUGAUUUAGAGAGCCAACCAACCCAUAAACAGGGCGAUAGCGAUGAAGUCCUGGAAAAGAUUCCUGACACGGUGGCUGAGACACCUGGACAAGAGGAAAAUACAAAACAAAAAGGACAAAAGAAGAAACCCAAAAAUCCAUUUAUGCCCCAGACUGCAGCAAAGAACAAAACCACGCAGAAGAAGAGUGGAAACCAAAAUGGAGGCAGUGGCAGUGACCUUGCAGAGACUAAAGGCCAAAAGAAGUCCCUCAUGGAAUGGCUAGACGAGUUCCGUUUAAGUGAAAAUGAGAGAGAGGAUGAGGAGGAUCUUGAUGGCCUCAUGGAUUGGUGGAGCACUGUGGAACAAUGGGAGGACAUGCCCAAAAGUGACAACAUGACAGAGAAAGAGGAAGCCAAAGCUUUUGCUGUAACUGCUGAGAAGGUGCAAAAAGGCAUACGUGUGUUUAAUAAACUUUUCAACGAGCGAGCAGAAGGACUGUGGCAGCAUGUGAUCGACCUGCAUGCCAUUGCUGACGGCCUGGACCGAUUCAACAAGAAGACUAAAAUCGCCCAGAUCACCGGUGGCUCCACCAGCGCUGUGGGAGGUGUUGCUACCAUAACCGGCCUCAUCCUGGCACCUUUCACCAUGGGAACCUCUCUGAUUGUCACUGCGGUUGGCCUGGGAGUUGCUAUGGCAGGUGGGCUUACCUCUGCGUCCGCUGGGAUAUCCAGUACCGUCAACAACUCUAUGGAUCGCAAGAAGGUGGAGCGCAUUGUAGAAGACUACCAGACGAAGAUGGCUGACCUUAACAAAUGCAUGAAGUUCAUCAAGCAAGGCAUUACAAACCUACGCAAGUUCAACCUGAAUAAGAUUAAGAAGAAUGCCUAUAAUCGAGACUUCCCUUGUUUCGACAAUAUCUAUGAGGACGGCGCCAUGGCGGGCAAAGCUAUUCUAACGAACGCCAAUGAGAUUAUGCGUGUGAUGCAGAUAGCCAAUGCAGCGGGAACAACUGCAGCACGCGCUGUGCAGAUUGCUAGUAUAUCUACAGGUGUUUUGACAGGGCUUUUUGUUGGGAUGGACAUCUACUUUGUGGCCAAGGACUCUCAUGAGCUUAAAAAUGGUGCAAAGUCAGAAUUUGCUGCCAAGAUCAGAGAGGUGGCAGACCAGCUACAGGAGGGCUUAGUGGAACUCAACAGCAUCCGAAAUGAGUUGCACUUGACCACCACUCUGAAAGAAGACAAACCUAUGUAAACACUCCUCUCGACUCCACUACAUGUUUAAAAAUUAUAUAACUAUACUGGCUUUCCUUAUUAGACAUCAAAGGAAAUUUGGGAUCUUAACUUGUUUUUAUUGCUUUAUCCACUGCUUGUUGGGGUAUAAUUAGGGGCCAAGCCCCAAAAGGGCUGUGCUGAAGCCCUUAGUGUUAUCCGUUAGUUUUCUUAUGAUUCCUCCCAAAUGGGAAUCUAUGGUAGCCCUAUCAACGGAACAUGAAAAAAUAAUUAAAUUUGGCACACUUGUAGUGAUGGUAAUGAAUAGUGAAUUGACCAAUUUUGGAGUGUCUAGGACCAACUCUAUAGCGCCACCACCAGUUCAAAAAUUCACUUUUCUAAAGGUUACCUUUGAACCCUUUGUUCUAGAAAAAUGAAACUUGGUACAGCUGAUUUCUCUCAUGCUGAUCACAUUCAACAUCUUACAUUUAAGACUCAGCCCAUUACAGGAGUGGCCAUUUCGAAAAGUACAGUAUUCAGUUUUUUUCACUGCUCCUCCUUCAAAUUUUGUCCAAUUCUUACAAAAAUUGGCUCCCAUUUGGACUGAGCCACACAGAAAUGACUGAACAGAUUUGAUGCCUUAAUAAGGCAUCAUUGUCUUAACGAACUUAACGAGGUCGACCCAAAAUUGGUCCAGAGGCUAUAUCUUGGCCAAACUUUGAGCAAUCAAAAUGAAAAAUGGUACGCUUCAUCGGAUCCAUGAUCAGAGGGUCUAUACCAAAUUUGGGAACAGUGCCACCUACAGGUCAUGACAAAUGGCUAUUUUUGCUUAUAACUUUUGAACAGUUUAUCAGAAAAUGAAAAGCUUGGUGUUUUGUGUCAUGCCGAAUCCGAGGAUACCAAUUUUUUUUUUUCUUUCUUUUUUUUUUUUUUCUCAGGAUUGAAUGAAACGUUGGUCUGCCAUGUUAAAUUUUGUCGUAACUUUCAAUAUCUUUUAAACAAUUUCAAAUAUCAACACAAAAUUUGGUAGGUAUCAUAAUCACAAAAGGUACCUGAGAAGUUUGAACACAGUGUCACCUAUUGUUUCAGAGAUAUAAGGAUUUUUGCAAAAAGGCUUAUAACUUAAAUUUUUUUCCAAAAUUUGUUUUCUCUGUCAUUUAGUUCCCUGGCUAGUGCCAGUUCUGACGAUGUGUCAUUUGUCAUUUUCCUUAAAUGUGCCUGUCCUCCAUAUUGAAGUAAAUGAAAAAACGUUUUUUUGCUACUCCUGUCCUACCUACAGUCCAAAAUUGGCUCAGAUGGUCUUUGGACUGAGCCUCACAGAAAAGACUGAACAGAUUUUUUAUAUUUGCUACCGUUCCCGAUAAAUAUCUCUCCAAUGUUUGUUGUCUUAUGUUAGUUAGCUUAGCAUGCUAACCAGUUGCCAUUCUUUCUAAAGUGGCUCUUUAGCUAUAAGGUUAACCAAUAGCUACAUUAUCAUUAAGUUAUCAUAACAUGCUAAUCUGGUUAAAAUAUUAAGUAAUGCUCUUGCGUGCUUCUCACACCGAAGGUUCUCCUCGACAGCCUGGUGAACCUGCGUCAACUGAGUGCUGCAAUCAGUAAUGGCACAAGCCCUGAGCCUGCUUCUGUUUCUGUUUCAAAGUGCUGCAAAACAGAGAUUUACUAAAUUAAAGCAUGGACAAAAAUUAUAUUCCUUAAAUAAUAUUUAAAUAAAUUGCAUUAUUAUUUUGAGAAGUACAUUCUAUUUUACAAUUAUAAUAUAUUUCUGUCAGUUUACCGUAAAUAAGCAAAUGUACAUGAUAUGAUAUGAUACUUCCCAGUGGCGUAAUGAGAUGAGCGACAGGCGUCUGACCAAGAGAUUGUGGGUUCUAGUCCUGCGUGGGGCAAUGUUAUAAAAUUGUGUGUAAUGUUGUGUCAUUUAGAGCCAAUAGCUGCGGUUCUGCCUUCAAAAACUCAAGUCUCUGUAAAAUUAAACAAACUGUUACAUGAGUGGCAUGCUGUUUAAAGCAACAGGUAAUAGUUUUGAAGAUUGUUUGAUCAAAUGUGUUUAACCAUGUGAACUGUGCAAUGUUCAAAAGUUUCCUAAUAAAAUCCAAUGUCCAAACAUGCCAAAAA